CGACAAUGGAGUUCACCGCUGCCCUCCAGAAACUCGGCGCAUACCAGCCGCGAUCUAGUAUCAAGUCGAAGGAGACGUUGAAAUUGAGUCUCGUUCAGCUACGCUCGGGAACGUUUCCGCCGAAAGGAGAAACUGGAUGGGAGGCUGCCGAGAGAUUGUUCUUGGCCGCGUUAGAUGAGGGAGAUACCACGACUGCACAACAAUGCCUCGAAAUCCUGGUUUCCAAGUUUUCCGAGUCGCCUCGGGUAGAUUGCCUUACGGGCAUCCUGAUGGAAGUCAAAGAAUCUCCAGAUGACGCUCUAGCCUUUUACAAUACUCUCUUGGCGACAGACACCUCGAACGCCGCAGUUUGGCGAAGGAAAGCCGGUAUUUUGCGGAAAAAAGGGAAGAUAGACCAGGCGGUGGAAGAGUUGUGCGCCAUGUUGGACACAUUUUACACCGAGGUGGAAGCCUGGCUAGAGCUCGCAGACAUAUACUCCUCUUGUCAACAGUAUACACAUGCCUUGCAAGCGCUCUCGCAUGCGCUGCUGCUGGCGCCACAAAACCCGUUGCAUGUCCUCCACUUUGCCGAGACCGCCUACCUUACGCCUGAUAUUCCACUCGCGCUGAAGAUGUUUUUGCAAUCUGUGGACAUGACAGAUGACGACGAGCAAGACGGCAUCAGUCCGGCAGACACCGUUCCCACUGGCCUUGCGCUUAGAUCGUGGUUCGGCGUGAAACUGUGUACGCAAAAACUUGUCACGGAGCCCAAGGCUUCGAAUUCACCUUCGCAGACAGCUUCGCCCACUGCAAGUGCGCUUGCGUCAUUGGACGAUCUGGCGACUGAACGUUUGCGGACGGCCUACCUGGAGACGACCCGCGAGUCUCCACCAACCGCAGGAGCUGCACUUAUCGAUGCUGCGGCAAGGAUUAUACCCGCGUAGCUGGCUGCGUUUACACGUAUC